AUGGAAGUGAAAUGGACGAGCAAGGAAGAACAACAGGAUCGGAAGAAUGAAGGAAAUAACGGGAAUUGGCGUUUGGAGUAUGAUUGUGUGGAAAAUCAGUACAGAAAAGGUGUUGAUUUAAUGAAAGGUUGGGAAUAUUUGGUCAGUAAGCCAGAAAAUGUGUGCCAAGUAAUGGACCAAACGAACGACAUGGCUUAUAUUUGUUGCAAAAGGGUAGAGAGCAAAAUGGUGAAUUGUGCUGGUUGUUUAAUUUUGUAUUCAUCAUGUCAAAAAAUUGAGUUCGGACAGUUUUGGAAUUCAAAAGAUACUUCUGGAAUAAGUUCGGGCACAAGGAAAGCAAUCAUUUGUUGCUAUUACAUGUGUACGAUGAUACCUCCAACCGGUGAAUUAAAAUUGGAAAUGACUGAAAGCUCAAAAGUAAAUAUAAAAAUUUAUUUCUCGGGUGAGGACACAUAG